AUGGCAUCAAACGAAAUUCAACCUUUAUAUCGCUCCUUUUUAAAGGUUAUUCAGAAAUGGCCUGUCGAUAAAGUGAGACCCAACAGAGAUUUGAAGCAAGUUUUAUCCACUCGCAUUGAAGAAACCUUUAGAAAACCACUCUUGAAUGAAGAGACAUUGAACGUAGCUCAAGCAGAAAAGGAAUUAUUGGCAUUGGAGAAGCUAUUGAACAAUGAAUUCAAGGAAAAGUACACAUUAUCCGAGAGAAUUUUGUCUCCUGCCAGCAAUCCCAAAUACUACUCUGGCAUGGUAUCUUCGCUUGAUGCCAACAAGGAUGGAAGCCAGGGAUUCUUGGCUAAACUCCUCAACCAACAGAAAUAG